UGCACGAGUUGCAUAUUUUCAGGAGCUUUCCAGUGACAAGUGACCAGCAAAGCCAUAUCUAUUUACGUACAUACUUACAUAUUUAUACAAUAUACAUUCCUUCGUGUAGAAUGUAUACAAAUGAUAUAAGGUUCAUUUAAUGAUAUAAAAUUUGGCCGGUUCAACGUAGUGAAAAGUAUCCACAAUGGAAUACACUUUGGAGGACGCUUUCGAAGCUCUGAAAGAUGCAAAGCGGGAACGCGUGCAACAGAUAGAGGAAUUACUGGACGAAAUAUCCAAGGUAGAUCCGAUAACUUUCAAACAGACCAGCAGUCCAGAGGAAAUAAGUACGAAACAGCAUAAGUUAUGCCAGAGUUUACUGACGGAAAUUCUGCAGGAGGAACCCAAAGAUUAUCCUUUUCCUAAAACGUCCGAUUUACAUGUCGAAGCUCUGACAGAAUUGCAGGAGGAGGUUAGAAAUGCUGAAGCACUCCAUGAAAGUCUGAAAGAACGGCUGUCAGCUAUAGAGGAAAAUGUCUCCUAUUUAGAGAAUAAAAAAUUGGGACUGGAGAAAAUGGAGCAAGCCUAUUUAGAUCAUGUUGAACUGAAUACAGACAGGUCCUAUGUUACAGAACAUGUUAUAACUAAACGCAUGUUUAACGAAGUAAAGACGGAUUUGGAUCAGCUAAUCACCAAACUUUUUCCGGAUAACCAAAAUGUCAGAGUCUUCCUGGCGGUAAAAAUUCAACUGUAUUUUUGUGUCAACGGAUUGUUUUUACAAUGGACUUACAUAAAUAAAUUUUCAGGAUUUAACUGCUUCGUACGCGAAAGGCGGAAAUGCAAUGUACGUGCACCUCAGAUCAGAUGUCCUAGACUUUGCAUCGUUCUUGGUUAUGAGCGAUAUGGCUAUGCAUCACAGAAAUGAUAAAAAUAAGAUCAGAUUGAUGGACAUGUUGUGACACACGAAUCGUAUCUUAAGCUCGAAAAAUAUAAACGGAUCUUGUAUAGUAUUCAAUGCUAUACAGUAUACAGUUAUAAAAAAUUAAUCUUCUUUUUUCAUUGCAUUUA